UAGCAACGCAGUUUGCUGAUCAUCUCAUAUUACAUUCGGCUUGGCAAACAAGGGAGGAUAUCUUACGAAAAAAAUGGCAGAAGAAAUUGUACUUAUUACUGGAACAUCCGCAGGCCUUGGUCUUGCGACGGCUGAGAUGCUUGCAAAGCAAACAAAUAAGAAAUAUAAAGUGUACGCAUCAAUGAGAAAUACGAGCAAGAAAGAUGAAUUAGUAAAGAAAACUGCUGGCUGUAGCAAUCUUGUUGUAAUCCAACUGGAUGUUUGUUCAGAAGAUUCUGUCAACGCUGUUGUGAAGCAAAUACUGGAAAAGGAGGGGAGAAUCGACAUUGUUGUGAAUAACGCUGCUAUUGGCUGGUGUGGUGUCCUCGAAGUGCAGCCUUGGGAUACUAUCACAGGCCUCUACGAUACGAACGUCUAUGGCCCAUUGCGCGUCAUCCGUGCUGUUGUUCCGUCUAUGAAGAAAAACAAGAAAGGCCGCAUCAUCAACAUCACCUCAGUUUCAGGAUUACAUGCUUUUCCUUUCAUCACCGUGUAUUCCUCAACAAAAUGUGCCUUGGAAGGAAUUUCGGAUUCCCUGGCGCCUGAGCUUGCAACGUUUAAUGUUCAUAUUAUAACCGUUAUACCAGGUGCAAUAGCUACACGAGGGGGUGCUGAAUUCUCAUUCUGCACUGAGAAUCUAAAAGAUGACGACCCAACGAAAUUGCUUGGAGAAAAAUUUUUUGCUAACACUCAAAAAAUGGCGUCUCAAGCUCAAUCUCCUGCAGAAGUGGCCGAGUAUAUCCUAAAAGCGAUGACAGACGAAAAACCGCAGCCGCAUUACAUCACUAAUAAAGGGUUUGAAGAAGGAUUUGGGAAAGCAAAAUUUUGUGAUACAACUGGAAGAAUUCCUUUUGAAAUGAGCAAGAACUUUUUGGCAUAAUUCAUUGUUACGCUUAAUACUGUUGCAAUCAUGGCUAAAUAAAUCUUACCUUUAACCUUGCA